CCUGAUGGACAACAGUAUUUAGACAAGGUCGUUGAUUUGGACAUUCAAAUAAAGAAGACACAUGUUUACAGAUAUUUACUCAAAGGUAUGUGAAAGAAAUAUAAGAGAUAUUUGUAAUGUUAUAAUGAGUAAUUGUAAUGUGAUGGUUUAUGUUCCCUGAGGCUUUCUAAUGUUAGUAGACUGGUUCAGUAAGGCCUAGCUGAGGUAAGCUGACCAAACCAGGUUAAAGCAUGAGUCAGUAUUGGCUAUUUACUGCACUGAAAUGGUAUCGUAAUGUUACAAAAAGUAUGUUUUGCAUGUUGUCAUUUUUUCGUAUGCUUUAAAUAACAACAACAACAAAAAAAUUACAUAAAAAUAGGAAGUAUAUGAACCUUGAACAUAAAAAAGAGGAAACUGUGACAAAUCAUAAAAAGUGCUCAUGUCAGUCAUGAUUUGGUUUAUUAUCAAAAUGAAAACUAUUUUAAAGUUUGCCCAGAAUUUGACUUCCUCUAGAGCUGUAAAGUAUAUGUAUUUGAUUGUAGCUUUGUUUUAUUUCACUAUCUAAAUAUUGUUGCAUUACUACUCUCAUAUUCUUCAGUUUUAUAUAAAUAAUGCGUAAUAUGACAUGUUUAAUAGUGAUAUUUUUGAUCUGCCAAUUAAUAUAGGUCUGUUUUCAUUAUGAAAUAGAAACGGCCAAAAUACUUUGGUUUUGUGUAAUUGUAACUUCACACUCUAUUAGAAACUGAAAAGUUUAACAACUCUAUUAAAGGUCUUUGUUUUUUCUCAUUACUUUGUAAUUUGCACUCUUUUAAUAUUAUCUGGAUCAUGAUUCAACUGUGAAAUGUGUAUUAGGUGUGUUUUGACAUUUUCCUGAAAAGGUCUAAAGAGCAAUGGCAGAAUCUCUACCUGCACCACCAAAACAAAGAGAGGCCAGGAGACAGAGCAUGGAAAGACAUCCAUACCUGUCAUCCUCAAGUGGUCCUUUAACUGAGGAGCUUCAGUGUUCAGUGUGUCUGGAUGUGUUCACCGAUCCAGUCAGCACUCCAUGUGGACACAACUUCUGUAAGAGCUGCCUGAACCAGUGCUGGGACAAGAGUGAGGAUUGCUACUGUCCACUCUGUAAAGAAACAUUCAGUAAAAGACCAGACCUCAAGAUCAACACAGCACUCAGACAGGUUGUGCAGCACUUUAAAGAAAAGUCUGGUGUGACAAAAUCUGAAGUUCUCUGUGACUUCUGUGAUGACAGAAAGCUGAAAGCCCUGAAGUCCUGCCUGAUGUGUCAGAGCUCUUACUGUGACACUCAUCUGGAGCCACAUCACAGAGUCCCACGAUUAAAAAAACACAAACUGAUAAAUGCUGCUGAAAAUCUGGAGGACUAUAUAUGCGAGCAACACGAGAGAACUCUGGAGCUGUUCUGUAGAGAUGAUCAGACGUGUGUGUGUCCGAUCUGCUCUGUGACAGACCACAAGAACCACAACACUGUUCCUCUGGAACAGGAGAGUGAGGAGAAGAAGACUGAAGUGAUGAAGAUACAAGCAGAUGUGCAGCAGAUGAUCCAGGACAGAAUGAAGAAGAUUCAAGACAUCAAACACUCAGCAGAACUCAGAAAACAAAACAUGGAGAAAGAGAAAGCUGACAGCAUUGAGCUCUUCACCUCUCUGAUGCGCUCCAUUGAGAGAUGUCGGGCUGAACUGCUGGAGAAGAUGGAGGAGAAACAGAAAGCAGCAGAGAAACAGGAAGAAGAGCUGAUUGAAGAGCUGCAGCAGGAGAUCACUGAGCUCAAGAGCAGAGACACUGAGCUGGAGCAGCUCUCACACACUGAAGAUCACCUCCACUUCAUACGGAGUUACCCAUCCAUGUGCAAACCUUUCAACACUAAGCAGUGGCCUGAUAUCAGUGUUAACACUCCUGUGAGUCUGAACACCAUCAGAGCAGCUCUGACUCAGCUGCAGCAGACUCUAGAUGACAAACUCAGUCAAACCGGGCUUAAGAGGAUGUGCUUAUAUGCAGUGGAUGUGACUCUGGAUCCUGAUACAGCUCAUCCUGAACUCAUCCUGUCUGAUGAUGGAAAACAAGUGAGCCACAGAGACAUUAAGCGUGACGUCCCAGACAACCCUGAUAGAUUUGACAAAUGUAUCGUUGUACUGGGAAAGGAGGGAUUCUCAUCAGGUAGAUUUUAUUUUGAGGUGCAGGUGAAGAACAAGACUGAAUGGGAUUUAGGAGUGGCCGGAGAAUCUGUCAUAAGGAAAGGGAGCAUCACACUGAGUCCUCAGAAUGGAUACUGGACUAUAUGGCUGAGGAAUGAAAAUGAAUAUGAAGCACUUGAAAAUUCCCCUGCUUUACUCUCUCUGAGAGUGAAGCCCCAGAAGGUGGGAGUGUUUGUGGAUUAUGAGGAAGGUCUGGUCUCCUUUUAUGAUGUGGAGUCAUGGUCUCUUAUCUACUCUUUCACCGGCCAGACCUUUAAUGGGAAACUCUAUCCAUAUUUUUGCCCAGCACUGAACAAUGAUGGCACAAACUCAACCCCACUGAUCAUCUUACCUGUCCAUUAAUGAAUUAAUGAAUGUGCACCCCAAACAUGAAAAAGAAUAUCAAAAAGGAAACUGUGUUAUAUAUUUGAGAAAUAUCACAGGAGCAACCAUGAUGUUAUCAAAACCAUGCUGAUAUUCAGACAAACAGUAUGAAUAUGAGUGUGAUACUGAUUUUAUACAACAGUUCCAUAAACAAGAAGUUGAAGGGAUAGUUCAUUCAAAAACAUAAAUAGUUGACUGUGGCCAUUGACUAAUACAGUAUUUUCCCCCAUACUAUAGAAGUUAAUGGCUAAUGUCAACUGUUUGGUUACCAACAAUCUUCAAAAUAUCUUCUUUAGUGUUCAGUAGAAGAAAGAAACCUAUAAAGGUUUGGAACAAGUGGAGGGUAAGUAAAUGAUGACACAAUUUAAAUUUUUGGGUGAACUAUCCCUUUAAUAGCGCAUGUUUAAAAAAGAAGGCAUGGCUGAACAGAAUGGAGACUUACACUCCUCCACAUAAAGGUGUUCUGUAAUUACUCCAAGUCCACUAUGUUUCACAUUUCCUCAAUAGUGAGAGAAACCUGCUUCAAGCAAUUUCAGAGAAAGAAUGACCACGUGGCUCUGCUUCUCUUCACAAGAGAAAACACUAAAACAUCCCAGAGCUGCUAUUAAAUGUUGCUUAAUGUUAAUUGCUUAAUUAAAUGUUAUUAAAUGAAUGUUUCUUUUUACCCACCUUUACCUGUGAAAAUUAAAUUACAUGUAAAAUGUUGCAACUAUGUUGAUUACAUUAA